GGGAAUAUGAUCCAGGCUGCGAGAUCUUUUCUCGGUCCUCUCUUGAUGACUCACUUGGGCCCGAAGAUCACGGCUACUUACUUUUGUAAACUUCAAAAGAUCCUCGAAAUCGUCUGCAGAAAUCGGAAUCUGAAGAAGAUGUUAUCAGCCCACGCUGUAGCCCUCACUCGGUUGUAGAUUUCUGCCACCUUCGGUUCGAGGAGGCAGGCACUCAACGCAAGUAUGCCAGCUGUGAAGCAAGCAAAAACCUCCUGGCCCUCCCUCCCACCAAUGAACCUUCGUCAGCGCACUUAUGGUGGCGUUUCACAGUCUCAAACAAUCGCUUCGUCAUGCCACUUUCGUAGAUGGUCUAUCGGUAGGACGAAAUUUUGUUCUGGCAGAGACACUGCAGUCUUUAUAAAUAUGAAUCAGGUGGACGGCCGUAAACAUAUCCGCGGAACCUUGAGUUGGAGACAUAGCGAAGCAAAUAUAACCUGCUCGUAUCGCGUGGAGGUUACUUUCAUACAGCGAGGAAGUUCUUCUGUGAUGUUUUCUUAUGAUCCUGCAAGACAAUGUUGACACUUGGGAGGAAAAUUGAUGGCAACAAUUUGGAUCUACAACCUUUUAAACGACUCGAAGUUGGAAGAAGUUGCUGCUCGAAUCUCCUGUCCUCGGAUUUGAGGGUAAGCAGUUUUGGACACUGAAGUGUCAGGAAAAACAAAACUGGAGAGCGAAACGGGAACAAUAAUCAAUGGAAGGGCACAAGGAAAUAUGGAGAAAGUCUCAAUAGAGUACAAAAUUCAAUCCAGAUUUUCUGGAAAUAAAAUUUCUAUCAAAACCAACUGUUAGGCAAGUGGCUCGGCAAAGCUUAGCCCCAUGAACGAAAAGCCCUGAGGAACUAAAGAUAUUAACAAGCCGUUUGUACAAAUCAUCUGAACCUCUACUCUCAAUCCUAGAAAUCUCGGUUCCAGUUUGCAAAAUAUGAUCCUACAACUUGAAUGGGGCGAGUGCGAGCGAAGCUUUAUGGAAGAUGGAAAGACACACCGAGACAUGAAAGGCGAAGGAGAUUCUGCGGCCCACCACGUCAGAGACAUUCAAAGCGGAAGAAUCAGUUCAAUCAGAGCGCGAGACUGCAGCUCAGAGUGAAGAUUCCCACGAGCUUCGCUCUUCCCUGUCCCUUGGCGCACAGAUAUGGUGGAGGGGCGCUUUCGCUCGGGAGCAAGAGUCGGAGAUUGUCUCUGUCUCUCUCAUUUCAAGUUCCUGUAGACGACGGCGAUGGCAUCAGGUUCCCACAAGUGCCGCCUCCCCUUUCGCAGCAUGGUUUGGGUGGCAAUCUGCUUCCGAAUCUUCUCCAGCACUUCGGGCUCGGCAUUGCGCAGAUCCUUGCCGACGCAGAAUCCCAGCAGCUUCAAAUUCAGCCCAUCCUUCUCCUGGAAGCAGUCCUCAACAUCCAUCCACCGAUUCACACUCACCAUCUCGUGGCACGAGAGCUGCGGAUCCAGUCGAUCCAGCUCGUCCACGAGAAGCACGGAAUUCAGACCUCGCACUCCCAAGCUCCUGUAAACGCCGGCGAUGCCGGCCAGAGACGAGUGCAAAACCACGAUCAGCCCCCAAGCUUCGGGCACCAGGUAAGAAUCGAGAACGAUGCUCAGGCAGCCGCGAGGAAGGUAGUGGAGCGAGUGCGCGAUGAGCACGAUGUCGUAGCGCAUCGGGGGCUUGAACUGCUCGAACGAGCUCUGGUGCAGAAACACGCCCGGGAUCGGAUUCUCGCGCAGCCUGCAGGCGAAUUCCUCGCACUGAUCCGCAUUGGGCUCGACGGCGUCGUAGUGGAUGGGGCGGCUGCCGGGGUGCAGGAGCAGCAGGCUGUUGAUGAACCAGAUGUCGAAUUCCCCAUUGCCCGUGCCCAGACUCAGAACCCUGAGCGGACCUCGAUCGUCGUCCGCCGCUGCUGCCAAUUCGGCUGCUGACAGAAACGCCGGCACCGUCCUCUGCAGAUACGCCAGCCGAUCGCGCUCGGGCCGAGGGCACGCAUUGACGAACGCCUCGUAGCACUCGGCGUAGUACGAUGGCGCCUCGCUCAUCGGCGGCAGCGCUUGGAAGUCCUGUAUGUUCGAAACCUGCCUCCGCAUCGGCGGAUCCAUCUUCUCCGCCCUAAAUCACACCUGCUCCAAAUUCCAAAUCCCCCACCCUAUUCGAUUCGAUUCGCUCCUCGCGAGCAACCCUGCGCGCACAGGGUCGAGCUGAAAAAUGUCCCACAGCUCCUAUGGAUGGAUGGAUCGAUCAAUCAAUCGAUUCCUCGCUAAUUCGCUCGUUCGCUGCUGCGGCUCGCUGGAGGAAAAUUGGCGAGCGUUCUUUGUUCUCGGGGCCGUCGAGGAGUGUCAGCGGGAGCGCAAUUGGAGAGACCGCGGUGUGUGCUGGAGUGGCAUCGGGGAUCGGGAGGACCAUGGUGUGAGUCGAUGCGACUGCGGUGAGGAGAAGGAGGAGAAGAGGACGAGGACGAGGACGAGGACGAGGCAGGAGCUUGAUGAUGAGUCACGGGCGAGAGCCCAUAACGUGGCCGCCAUGGACUGGAGUCCGAGCGAGCGAAGCUGCUGGCAAAAUAUCGCCCCAUGGGACCGUCCGGCUCGCCCCGCCAUCCGGUCGACAUCGCCGACGAGCCGCCGAGGCCCUUGGCGACAGCGGGCGCCCGAAUCUGUGUCGGACGCGGGCUCGCUGUUUUCUCGUCAUUGGCUCCCGUCGAUGUGUCAAACUCGGCACCUGUGCCUGUGGCUGUCUGUCUGAUCCUCACUCGUCGAGGUCCGAGGAUCAAUCGCUCGUCAGCUCCAGUAUUCUUCCGACUCACUCCGAGUUGUCAUAAAUGGCAGUAGUCUGAUUAAUGCCUUGCCAGGAAUUCGGGCAUGCCUUUCGUGUCCUGAGAAUUUGAGUACUCGCUCGCUCCCUCGCUCGAAUCGCUUUUCUGCAGCCGCAGUCGAGUCGAAUCGAUCGAUUGCAAGGAGUUCGAUUCGUAGGACUUCGAACUCGGUUGGAGUGAGUCUGGGGGCUCUGUUUUCGCCAAUGUGGGGUCGGAAGGGAGUUCUGUCUCCUUCCCCUCCCGGCGAUUCCUGUGAAAUGCCCAGUGGGUGUGCAGGAGUUUUGAGCUGGUGAAUGUUCGGAGUUCAGAGCUUCCGACGUGCCCGAUGCGAUUUCGGUUUGGUCGAUGGACCUGGUCUCUGAAUGCCUAGAGUCGUGGUCUCAUGGGCUGUGAGGCGAAUACAGAGCGUUUCGAGUGUUGAAUGUUUUCAUUUCUUCC